UGUUAAUUGCUGUUGUUAAUAAAAUGAAUGGCGGCCGUUCGAUCAACUUCCAACGAAAAAACCCAUAGUUUUGAUGAGAAUCAAGGGGUAGGAAAAGGGUUGUUAACUUCUUUAAAUAAAAAAGAACUCGAGCCGUCCAGCCGAUGAUUACGGGUGACUGUAAUGGGUCCCCUCUUUAACUUCUGUUCUCACGAUUACAAACACACGCACUCUCCCCUCUUCUCAUCGGUUCCCUUUUUUCUUUAGAGCUUUAGGGCUUCUCCUUUCUCUUUAUUGCAGUAAGCUGAAGGUUUUUUUUUUUUUCAACUGAAGCUAUUCUUUUUUUGUUUCAAUCUUUUGGGUUGGUUUUUCCAUGGCGUCUUCAAGAGAAGGGCACUACAGGGGAGUAAGGAAGAGGCCAUGGGGAAGAUACGCAGCUGAAAUACGUGAUCCAUGGAAAAAAACAAGGGUUUGGUUGGGUACAUUCGACACACCAGAAGAAGCUGCACUUGCUUACGAUGGAGCUGCCAGGUCUCUCCGUGGAGCCAAAGCUAAAACCAACUUCCCUGCUCCACCUUCCGUAGCUGGUCUCUCUCUCGAUCUCAAUCUUCCCUCUGAUAAUCCCCAUCAUCACCACCAUCAACGUUGGGCUUCAACUUCAGCGCAUCACAAUCACCGUUUAGCCCUGGGUGAGUUUCUCCAAACUGGGGUUCUUAAAGAAAUGAACUUUGACGCUGACACAUCAUCUUCAACUAAACCCAAUGUUGUCGCUGUCUCUACUGGCCCUCCCGUGCCGGGAAAUGGAUCUACAGCAUCGUUUCUCGAGAUUGUUCGACGUGGGUUGCCUAUAGAUUUGAAUGAACCACCUCCUUUGUGGCUGUGAAAAACCAGAAAAAGCUCCAAGCUUUUUCCACUGAAUAAGGUUUCUGUAGGCAUUUUAUGGCUCCUUUUUUUCUUUUCCGUCUGACUUAACCCUCUUCAUGUUAAUCCCUCCAAUCUCCCCUUUUCAUUUAGGUAUCUUUGCUACUUUUUUUUUCAAUAUUUAUUCUAUAUUUUGAAAGGGGAGCAAGUACCAAGAAGAAUUAUCGGAACAUCCAAAAAGUUUAACCUUCGGUGUACAUAUGUUUUUUUUUUAUUAAAUUUCUAUGAAACACUUCUCAGCUGUUUCGUUUUUCAUGCAAGCAAUUUUCCUAUCAGUAAUAUAUCAUCCAUCGUCGAUUUGUAUUGCAUUGGAGAAUGAUCGGAUGGUGAAAUAUGGAUUCUAAUCUGCACCCAAGCACCAUACAGAACUACAGAUACAGAUUCUCUUGGGUCUAAAGCAUAUAGGAAUAUUAUGUUAACAAAGAAAAGAACAAAGCUUUUAAACGUUGAAGCACGCUCCUGUAAGAUGCGAGUGGGAAUUUGCAGUUCGAGCCGGGGACUGUACCAAGCGUAUAAGAGAGGCAUUUGUUAAUGUUGUCAUGAAAAAUGCGAAGCAGAAGCAAGCGUGUGCGCUUUGCUCUGCAUUCUAUUUUUAGUUUGCUAGUCUUAGAGAUACUGUUCUGAAAAAUAUAGCACCCUACUGCAUAGACCAACUCGCCUAUCCUGGAGCGUGGGUUUUUCCUUUUCUUCCCUUGUUUCCCUAUUAAAUGAAGCGUAGUACAGGAAAAGAUGUAGAACAAUAUGAAAAAUGAAGGGAAAUUUUGGGUGUGUAAUACUAUUACGUUAGGUAUAAAAUCGAUAAAGUUGGCAUCAUAUUUUAGGACGUGUGUUACGGAAAAUGGGUUAGCCAUGUUUCAUGUGCCGGCUUUUCUGUCGGCUUUCUUCUUUACCUUUCGCACCGUUUUCUCGGAAUAUGUGGUCCAUUUUUAUCUUCUUGGUUCGUUUAUUAAUCAUGCUUUAAAAACUCUAUUAAUUAAAAAAUAACGAAAACUAGUUAGGUUGGUGUUUGAUAAGAAGAAAUUCAUUUUUUUUUAUUUUGAAGGUGAAUAUUAAAUUUUUAUAUA